CGAUUACGUUCAACGCUGUUCUGAUCGGCGUCAUCGUCCGGAGCCGCGUCCUGCAGACGCCGACCAACAUCUUCAUGGCGUCGUUGGCGGUCGGGGAGAUCUUCAUCGGCGUCUUCGCGAUUCCCUUCGCCGCCGCCAGCGCCAUCACCGACAGGUGGCCCUUCACGGACCUCACGUGCCUCGCGACCGCGUGCUUGCGUACGAUUGGUCGCAGCUCCAGCACGUACAGCCUGAUGGCCGUGUGCAUAGACAGGUGCGUCGCCAUCAGUCGGCCCCUGAAAUACUCUCACAUCCUGACUGUCAAAACGUCAUUUUCUAUUUUGAUCUGCAUUUGGUUCGUGGGCUUCAUCAUGGGCAUGUUGCCGCUGUGGUCCUGGGGGUCCUACCAGUACGACCCGGCCUACUACAUGUGUAUUCUGAUCAAGUCGCCGGACGGGAACCAGCACCUGACCAAGGAAAUCAUCUGCAGCUUCGUACCGGCGGCAGUCAUCAUACUAACAAUCUUGCAGAUCAUCAAGGAGGUCAAAUCCCACCACCGGAUCUUCUCUGUGAUCCCACUCCCGGUGACGUCAUCGUCCAACGCCAACGGGGACAUUUUGCCCGGGAUCGUGCCGGGGGCCCGGGGGUUCAACAGGAGCACCGCCAGGGCGAUGCGGUCGCUGUUCGUGGUCACCUGCGG